CACCUGCGAUAGCAUUACACUCUCACGUUAGCUGGCUCUUUAUUUAGAGCCGUACAUAUCACUCCGACACGUACGAAGCAAUCAUUUUGAACAUUACCUGUUUUCAUAAAAUUCGAAAAUACUAACAGAAAUGUGGAAAUUACUCCUUGUUCUUUCAAUUUCUUGUACUUGUAGUCUGACAAAAGGAGUUAUUGAAGAAAGUUUCGUCAGAACAAGUAGAGCAACAGAUGGCACUACUGUCCAAACAAUGUCUGACGGUAAAGUUAUUGUUACUGCCAUUGUUAACCAAAAGGGAGAGCUAAUAGAUUGUAAUGUUUUGCGAGAAAACGCCACAGCUGCCAAAGAACUUUUCAAAGAGGCCGUCAAUGCUGAACGUAAUGAAAAGACAGAAUUUAAGAUGGUCGAAUUUGACGUUAGAAAAUUAGGUCGAAUAUGUCGCAAGUUUAAACGAGACAUGCUUUUAAAACGGCCUACUGAACUAACAGAAGAAGAUAAAAAGAUUCGGGACAGGAUUUCUUUGGACAAAGCUGUUGAUGGUUUUACCCAUAAAAACCGAUUUUUCAACCAUUUGCCAUGGCCUGUGCCGGGAUGUGAUUGUGUCAAUGUCUUUCAAGAAUGUCUGAAACAAGAGGGGAGCGAAGAAGCUGUCCAUUUUAGCCAGCGGCUAUUAAAGUCCUUGGCCCACUCUUGUGUCCGAUGGGAAGUGAAGGAUGAUUGUAUAGAGUACUCCAAAUGGCUAGACCGCUGCACGCGUUGGGAAAAGCGGAAUACACCAGUGAUAAGCAAAGUUUUUGUACAAUAA